AUGGACAAGCUCUCAGUCGAAGUAUUCCAGCACAUCUGUUUCUUCGCCACAGCCACAGCCCGCUCUCUCGCGCUCACCUCCAAACGGGUCUCCGACGCAUCACAGCCCUAUCGCUUCCACUCGGUUAUCCUCCUCGUCGCCACGGUCGGCCGUCUGGAAUCCCUCCUUGCCCACCUUGCAGCCUCCAGAGUGCGCUUCCCGGAUUCUCCCCCACAAAUUCUGGACUUGUUUCUGCUCUGCACCGAAGUCACCAGUGCCGGAAAGGAUAUCAGGAGGAUCAAAGACAGCAGAUACCGAGACUACAUGAUCGUCGACGGUAGACACAACGGCCCGGACGCGGACGAGACUCCAGCGGAGCCAGGAACAGACACCGCGCACUACGCCGCGCACCUCUCCUCCCUCUUUGCUCAAGCCGGCCCUAGCCUUGAGACCCUAAGCAUCGUGUUCAUGGAGCGCAAUCUGAGCUGGAACACCGCCCUGCCCACGCGGCUCCCACAUCUUCGCGAGCUCACGGUGGUCAACGCGUCUCAAACGUUCGUGCUAGGACGCAGGAGUGCGCCGCCGCCGCGCCCGCCGCGCCUCCCCGCCCUCCGCCGCCUGUACUGGUUCGGCGCACCGGAAGACUGGGUCUACCUGGCCUCGCUCGACAUCGCACGGUUCGGGGAGCACGCGCCACAGCUCACGCACGUCCGCCUGUCGAAUUUCGAGGGCCUCGCCAGCUCCCCCGGCGCCUUCAACCGCCCCGACGGUGCCUCGCCACUCUCCAAGGUGCCGAUCCCGCCCUCGUUGCGCAACGUCAGGUUUCCGCUGCUCCAGAUGAGCCCGUUCAUGCUGCGCGACGCGACCUGGAUCCAGACGGCGCACAUCGAGGGCAUCGAAGACAUCUGGCGCGCGCUCGAGCAUUCGAGUCUGCCCGUGUGCAUGAUUCCCGCGCAGCGGCAGGACGACGCGCUCGACCACGCCGGGCGCGACGUCCAGCGGCUCGCGCGGGAGCGGCUCGCGCGGAUUCGCGGGGGCGAUGGAGGGAUCGGGUGCUGGGAGGUCCGUGAGGGCUGGAAACGCGCGAAGCAGAGGGGGGACGUCCCCGACUACCUCGUCAACAGAGAUCUGUGCGAGAGGCAGUCGUACUCUUUAUCUGAGCCGCUAUGGUAG